AAAGUGACUUAAAGAGGGGCCAAACAUUUGCUCUCUGGCUUCUCAGCAUUUUUCAUUGGCUCCCUUGACAUGCACUGCAACUUCACCUCAACGUUACUGGUCCGGACGCUUCCCACGCUCCUGUCCGUGGAGUUCAUCCUGGGGGCCUUAAGCAACGGUUUUGCCCUCUGGAUCUUCUGCUUCCACCUGCGCCCGUGGAAGAGCAGCACAGUGCUGCUCUUCAACCUGGCUAUCGCAGAUUUCCUGCUCAACAUGAUUCUGCCCUUCCGAGCCAGCUACUACAGCUCGGGCAUCAAGUGGCACUUCGGUCAGACGAUGUGCAAUGUGUCGCAGUUCAUGCUGGCGCUCAACCGCACCGGGAGCACACUCUUCCUCAUGGCCAUCGCCGUGGACCGCUACAUCCGAGUGGUGCACCCUCACAGCCGCGUCAAUUCCCUGACCCCCUCCAAGGCCAUGUGCGGCGCAGCCGCCCUGUGGUUGCUCACCGUGUGCAUGACAGCUAACGCCCUCACCCUGCAGAACCAUCGCUCAGACUAUUGCGAGAGCUUCCUGGUGGAGACCAAGGCCAAGGGCAACCGGCUGUGGCACAAGUUCAACUUCCUGUUCUCCUGCUGGACGCCGCUGUUGGUGAUUCUCUUCUGCACGGUGCGCAUCGUAGCCAAACUGCGGGGACGGCAGAUAAGCCAGCACGGCAAGAUAAGGAAAGCGUUAUGGUUCAUCACUGUGGUGGUGAUACUCUUCGCCAUCUGCUUCCUGCCUAGUAACAUCACGCAGCUUCUCAUCUGGAUCAAAACCCAGGAAGCCAUUAAGACCCUACCCGAGUCGGAGGUGUGCGACGCCAUGGACGACCUCACGGUGGUCUUCUACAUGACCGUCAGCCUCACUUAUCUCAACAGCGCCCUGGACCCGGUGGUCUACUACUUCUCCAGCCCCACCUUCAAGAACAUUUGCAGGAGGUCCCUGAACCUGCCCCUGGGGGAGCCCACCGAAAGCACAGACAAGAGGACCAGGGAGACUGGGUCGCAGUCGUGCAGCCAGAUUUAGCAGUGCAUUUUCUCAAAAGUAUUAUUAUUAUUUUUUUAAUAUGGCUCACUGCAUGCACAUCUACAUGAUCAUAUAUCUGUAAUAUAAACAUUUUGUGAACUUCUUAAAAAUUGUUUUUUAUCUCAUUAAAGACCCCAAAAGUGAAUUCAGAGAUUUGAUGGUAAAGACAUUUAAAGAUAAUUAAUAAUAAAAACAUACCAAAGACUGAGAACUAUGAACAACUUAUUUGUUAUUUCAAAAACAGUGCCCAGUAAGGCACUAUUAGUGGUUAUACGGCACUUUGACUGCUUCUGCAAAAACUUCACAAAUACGGAAAACAUAUUAAAAAGCACAAUGUCACCUCCAA